GCAGCAGAGUUGUUGGUAAAUGGUAGGCGCAUCGGCUAUUGUAAACCAGAAGAAUAAGCGAAUAAGCUAAAGCUGUGGAGUUUAAAGGCGUGUGGGUCAGCAACAGACAGCGCAAGUCCUUUUCAUCUGUGUGUGCAUGUGUGUGUACAGGAAAAAUAGGUGGAUGUGUUGAAUUGAGAUCUAUCUACAUCUGUCGUGUGAAUUUUGACGAUUUGGCAUUGUAUUGCCAGAACAUCUGUACGUGGCUGGAGUGAGAGACGGCAGGAAGAGACGGAUCUAAUACAUACGGGUAGUGCAGGUGGAAAAGUCGAUAUUAUUAUAAUUAAAUAUUUCUGUUGACGGAAAUUUUAUAAAAUUAAUACGCGAUGGAUGAAGAGUAUGAUGCAAUAGUCCUUGGUACAGGGCUAAAAGAAUGUAUUUUGUCGGGAAUGUUAUCAGUCAGUGGGAAAAAAGUUUUGCAUGUAGAUCGUAACAAAUACUAUGGCGGUGAAUCAGCAUCAAUAACGCCGCUGGAAGAUUUUUUUUCACACUUCAAUGCACCAGCUCCGGACAAAAUGUACGGCCGUGGACGAGAUUGGAACGUCGAUCUCAUUCCCAAGUUUCUGAUGGCCAAUGGACUCUUGGUGAAGCUUCUUAUCCACACGGGUGUGACGCGUUACCUUGAAUUUAAAUCAAUCGAAGGGUCAUAUGUUUACAAAUCGGGGAAAAUAUCAAAAGUACCGAUUGAUCAACAGGAAGCUUUGUCCAGUGACUUGAUGGGUCUUUUUGAGAAGAGACGGUUCCGUAAUUUCCUUACAUGGGUCCAAAACUUGCAGGAAGAUGAUCCUAAAACUUACGAUGGGUUUGACCCGUUCCAUAAUCCAAUGAGCGCGCUGUAUAAUAAAUUUAGUUUGGAAGCCAACACUCAAGAUUUUACUGGCCACGCUUUGGCGCUCCACAGAAAUGAUGAGUACAUUUCACAGCCAGCCAUACUAACAGUCAGAAGAAUUAAACUCUACAGUGACAGCUUGGCACGUUACGGUAAAUCGCCGUACCUUUAUCCCAUGUAUGGUCUUGGUGAACUUCCUCAAGGUUUCGCCAGGCUCAGUGCCAUAUACGGUGGCACGUACAUGCUCGACAAGCCGAUUGACGAGAUUGUCAUGGAAAACGGCAAGGUAGUGGGUGUGCGAUCUGGCAACGAAACAGCCAAAUGCAAGCAAGUAUUCUGUGACCCUACUUACGUGACUGACCGAGUGAAAAAAGUCGGUCAGGUCGUACGUGCAAUCUGCCUGCUAAAUCACCCGAUUGCUCACACAAAUAAUGCCCUUUCUACCCAAAUAAUAAUUCCACAGAAGCAAGUCAAUCGUAAAUCUGACAUAUACGUCUCUGUUGUUUCUUACACGCAUCAAGUAGCUGCGAAAGGAUGGUUCAUUGCCAUGGUUUCAACAACUGUUGAAACAGCCAACCCCGAGUUGGAAAUAAAGCCCGGUCUUGAUUUACUGGGACCUAUUUCACAGAAAUUCGUCUCUGUUACUGAUUAUGUUGAGCCUCUUGAUGACGGCGUUGACAGUCAAUUAUUCAUAUCAGCCAGCUAUGACGCUACAACUCACUUUGAAACUACCUGCCUAGAUGUACUCGACAUAUUCAAACGCGCAACUGGCGAAGAGUUUGAUUUUACUAAAGUUAAACAGGAAUUGGGUGAUGAAGAUCUGUAGUCAAUAUUUUGUGCAUUAAAAUUAAUAAAUAUAAAUUCCGCGAUUAAAAAGCUUGUACAUACAUACAAACAUACAUACAUCAAGACAAGCAUUUACAUUUAAUAACACACUACACGCAUACACACAUUUAUUAUAAAUGCGUAUGUUUUAUGUUUAUUCCUGUGUAUUAGAUCAAUAAUCUUUCUUCGCGAAGAAAUAUACACAUCAUUUUUUUUUUUUUUUUUUUUUAAAUAUUUUUUGGUAAGUUGUGUAACUAAUUUUGUUGUGAAUUAUGUCGAAUUUGAAAUUAUUAGAUGUGACAUGGCAUUAUUAUUAAAUAAUGAGAAUAAUAAUGACGAGAGUACAGUGGAAAAAAAUUUUCAGCAUUUCAAAUGUUUAAUUUAAACAAUGUUUAAUUGAAGAAUUUAUUAUACGUGUUUCUCACUAAAUAUAUAUUAUAUAUAUCUUGUAGGAAGUUAUAUAUUUUUAUUUUGUCAAUUAAAUCAUUGUGAGAAUAAAAUAAAUAAAAAAUAAGAGCCAGCCGAACAUGUAUUUAAACACACAAAAAAAUUUUAUCGAAUAAAUAACUUGUCUUAAUGUUUUAUUCUUCUAUUUAUAA